AACAGACUAGUCAGCCCUUGGGCUGUAGAGUGGCAGGGAGGUUCUGAGAAAACGUCCCUCUGCUCAGUAUUGGAAAGUCUGUGUUUCAGUGUGAUCUCUGCCACUGCCUCUCUCACUGAGCCCCAAGGUCUUCCUUGUAUAUAGUGAUCACUCGCCCUACUUUUGUGAGGUCCCACCAAGGACAGAUUGAAUGAGACCCUGAAUGUAAAUAGAUGUUCCUGCUGAGGCUCUGCAUUCCUGAGUGAGAGGGCAGCCCCCCCCCCCACCUCACCUCUGAUUGGCACUGCUCCCAGCCCUGGUUUAGUUGCCUGGCAACAGCUCUGCGUCUCUAGCUGAGAACACUAUGGUGGGUGGCAGUCCAGCAGCCAAGAGGAUAGUGGUACACCGGAAUGGGGACCCUUUCUCCCCAGGCCGCCAGCUGGUGGGACAAUGCCACUUCCCCACCCUGAAGAACUUCCUUGGUGAGGCAACAUCAGCUGUACAGGCCCCACUGGCUGUGCGUGCCCUCUACACGCCUUACCAUGGCCACCCUAUCACCGACCUCACUGACCUGCAGAACGGAAGGCAGUAUGUGGCUGCUGGCUUCGAAUGAUUUCGCAAGCUGCACUAUUUACCCCCUGGAGGGAAGGAUCCAGGUGGAAAAAGCAGCAGAUUACCAGGUCCUCCUGUGACUCAGCACCCGUGUGAUGGGGGCUUUGGAUGGUGGCUACCUGCAGGUUCCCCCUGCUAUAGCUAUGUGUUCAGGAACAGGGACCUGUUAAGUCCUCCAUUUAGCCUGAAGCUGUCCAAUGCCAGCGAGGACUGGGAAACAGCGUUAAAGCUCCUGACCAAGAAGGCCAGAUUACAGAGCAGGGCUGUGUGCAAACUCUGCACCCUGGAGGGGCUCCCACUGUCAGAAAGGGAGGCUCUGGUGAGUGGCCAUUACUAUGUGGCUGUAGGAGAUGAUGAGUUCAAGGCCCUCCCCUAUCUGGAGCUGCUGGUGCCUAACCCCUCACUGCUCAGAUGCUGCUGGCAUCCCCAAGACCCAAAGUCUGGGCCCCACAAGCAGUGGGCCCAUGGCCACAGGGCACAGGCAACCUGGCCCUCUCCAAAGGAAUCAAGCCAAAUUGAGCCACUUGUUUUCUAUGCCAGACCCCAGCAAGCCAUUCAGGCAAGACGCAUACUCCCCACUCUCUCAUUUCCAACAGGAGUGAAGGGAGUAUAUGGGGCUCCCCACCCAAGGUAGGAGACAGCAGGGGCCCAGGAAGCAGCAGAUGAUGAAGACACCUGGACAGAGGAACACUUGGAUCAAAAGGCAGCACAGAUAGUGGAAGAGGCCCUGUCCCUGGAAAACCAGCCUGGGGCUGGGGCAGCUAUCUUAGCCUCAGCUGCUGAUCCGCCAUCUUGAGAGCCAGCAGUUCCAGCCAGGAACUGGGGACUGCCACUCCACAGCCACCUUUUAUCCUCAGCCUCCAGCAGCCUGUUGUAGAGGAACAAGCACUCCCUUGUGCUCACAGGUACGCUGUAGCCACCUCAGACCCUCCCCACUCUUCUGCUCCUAAUCCCACAGCCCAGUCUUGCUUUCCUCUCUGAGCAAAGCAGCCCUAGCUAUGAGGCCAUUUCCUUAUGGGGUUCUCUGGCCAGAGAAAGGAGUAGCCAAUUGAGCCUGGGAGAGAGACCAGACUUGGGAGUGGGUCUGUCAUAAUAAAACAAUACUUAUGAACCUCCGUCUGUUAAGUACAGAUAUAUUACAACCUACUACUUGCUGGAGUUAGGCAGUGCUGGGGCUCACGGGUGUCUGUCUGUUUGAGAGGGGUAGGCAGUUAAAGAUUUCCACCCACCUCAUGGGUGGGACAUGCAAGGCUAACAGAUAGCUCAUCUCCCUACAUCUACCAUUCUGAUGCACCUUCUUCCCCUCGGUUCCCCCCUCAGCCAGGCAAGGCUUUCUGACUGAGCCCUGGAGGCCUCCUGUUUGCAUUUCUGGUUCAAAGACUAUACCUGGCCCUCUCUAUGCAGCUGGGGUUCUGCUCCAUCGGCCCUGUUGCUGUGAUGGUCCAGUUCAGUCCAUAGUAACAGUGGCUGGGCUGGGGGCCUGAC